AUGGACCCAGGUCUGCAGCAGGCACUCCAUCGAGUAGCCCCUUCUCAGGACACAACCAUGCAUGUACCAGCAGCCUCCGACACCGGCCACUUGGGAUCCACUAGUCGCAGUUGUGUCUUUUUCACCACAGCCACACUGGCUCUGUGUCUCAUCUUCGCCAUGGCCACCAUUAUGGUGUUGGUAGUUCAGAGGACGGACUUUGUUCACAACUCACCAGACAAAUUCUCCUUGCAAGGAGGAAAUUGCUCAGAAGACAUUUUGUGUAUCCUGAGAAGGGCUCCAUUCAAGAAGUCAUGUGCUUACCUUCAAGUGUCAAAGCACAUAAACACAAGCAAGUUGUCUUGGAACAAACAUGGCAUUAUUCAUGGAGUCAAGUAUCAGAAUGGGAGUCUGGUGAUUGAGUCUCCAGGUUUGUACUUCAUCAUCUGCCAACUACAAUUUCUAGUGAAAUUCCCAGGACAACCCGUUGACCUAAAGAUGGAACUUCUCAUCAACAAUGAAGUCAAAAGGCAGGCACUGGUAACAGUGUAUGAGUCUGGAACACAAACCAAAAACAUAUACCAAAACCUCUCUCUGUUCUUGCUGGAGAACCUUCAGAUCAAUAAUACCAUAUCAAUCCAGGUGAAUAAUUUCCAGUACGUGGAUACAGACACCUUUCCUCUUGAUAGCGUGUUGUCCAUCUUCUCCUACAGUAGUUCAGACUGAGUCAUUGCUCUGGCCUCCAGGAAAAAGAAAAUCUACUUAGUAGUGCAUUUCUUUUCAC